ACAACCUUGUCAAACAGAAAGUUUAAAACAUAGUGUCAAAUAUAACUUUCAAAGACAUCAAGGGCAAAUAAGCAACAAAUAAAAGUAUGUGACAAAAUAAAUUUAGUGAGUGACUUCAACAUUUUUCCUUUUACUAAUAUAUUACAGAAUGUUUCAAGAACAUGACUACAGAGAAAACCUAUCAUUGAUGUUAUCAGAGGUUUUAGAUGACAUUGGUGUCAAUGAAAGAAUAGUGAUGAGAAGAAGAAGACAUUCCAUGCUGAUGGAGACUAUGGAUAAUAUCACUAACAGGUUAACUGAUACAAACAUGACUGUAUAUUAUCUAGGGAGUCAGAGUGAAGGUACAACUACUAUAGGACUUCUUUCAGACUUUGAUAUACUAGUCUGUUCCCAUGAUUACAAUAUAAUACAAGACUGGUCAGAGUGGGAACAUGGCAAGAGAAACUACCUCAUGAUACAGGAUGAGAACACUACCCCUGGUUAUUGUUUCUUACAACUGCUCCGACAUGAUGUACCUCUUCCUGCCACUGUCAUUCCUGAUGAACACCAUAUAACUGAUAGAAGUGGAAAAAUAUUGUUAAAAAAUACAAUAUUUAAUGGUGCCAUUCAGGGUGCUGUAGAUCAUGGACCAUCACUUGCUAAACAAGGACGACCUGGACUAUCUGAUACAGACAUUGUGCCAUCUUUACCCUGUAAAUCAUUGCAUCAAUCAGCAUCAGAUUGGUUAGAUAGACAAGGUAUUGGCAGAUGGCCAACACAAGACAUGAGAAGAUAUGCAGCUAGUACUGGGUGUUUUGUUGUUGCAACUGGAAGUAAGGUCAGUGUAUAUCCUGAUCUGGAAUGGAGAAUAUCUACAUCACUGGCAGAAAGGUGUCUUAUGUUUAACCUAAAUAUAACACAAAUAAGGUGCUAUGUAUUAUUGAAAAUGAUUCUUAAAUCCUUCCUUAAUCCUCAGGAUGAAAUCAAUAUAUCAAGUUUCAUGUGUAAAACAGUUCUAUUACACUGUAUAGAAAACACAGAGUCAAGUAUAUGGACAGAGAACAAUUUAUUUAUAUGCUUAACAUACUGCUUAUUAGAAUUACAUAGCUGUGUACAGAAUGACCGUUGUUCACAUUUCAUUAUCAGAGAAAAUAAUUUGAUGGCAGGGCAAUUUACAGCUGAAAAAAAAAAUGAACUUUUAAAAAAAAUAAGUGAUUUUUUACAGAAUGACAGACAAAAGUUACUUACAAUUGAUAUUGAUGAUCUUGGUCAUAGACUGCAAGUUAAACUGAACAUGGUACCAAAUGGAGCAUAUUAUUAUCAAUCUUCUAUUGAAUUGAAUGAACAUUUUAUGACCUCAGAAUAUUUAAACAAAGCAUACCUUACAAGCGUAAAUCAUAAGCUUGUUUUAAAACAUUUACAAAAUAAAAACAUUAGAACAAUGAAGCAUUGUAUUGGUAAACUUAUUACUUUCAAUAUUAAUGGUAACAGAUUAGAACAGGCUGCAUUCAAGUUUCUAUCACCUUGUGUUUAUACCACAUAUGGAUCUAUCCUGGCAUCAUCUAGUAUUAGUGAAAACAAUCAAGUAUCACCUGAAGCAUUGGUUUGGCUAUCAGCUGGUUUAAACUCAGAUAUCUCAUCUAGCAGACUCAAAUUGGCUUCAGUGCUUUACAGUACAGAAUAUAUGGAGGAAGCUGAACUGAUUCUAAGACACACUGAACAACAGUAUUACUCUAACCCUGUUAUACCUACCUGUAACUGCUGGCAUACACCUCCAUCAGCACCAACAGCAGAAUAUAGGAGGGUAUGUGGUGAACAAAGUGAGGACUGUAUUAAACAUAUAACAGCAUUUUGUGUCAAAUUUAUAAAGGAAGAGAUCAACUGUGUUCCUCAUGAACUACAAUAUGAAAUGUUCAGAUCUACACAAGAUGACAUGAUACACAGACAUCAGCAUGCAGACAAAUGGAUGGACUGGGCUGUAGUUGAUUCUCUACCUUACCUGUACUUUCUACAAUAUAAGAUCUAUCGUCAUCUACAAAGACAUCAAGAUCAACAACAAGCACUUGGUAAACUUAUAAGAACCAUAGCAACAGAUAGAAACCUUGGACAUAGAGAAACUGCUCUUAACAUUUUAGGGCAAUGUAUGGAACAAAAAAACAGACCUCAACAUGCAUUAAAAUGCUACCAGCUUUCUCUUCAACAAAGGGCAAGAAACAAUGUAGCAAACUUCCAUAUAGGCAAGCUUCUUUACAGAAUGUUGGUUAGCCAAUAAUAAGGGGUCAAAAACAGUGACAGUGUUACAAAUUAAGUUUUUAAUGAUCAUAAUUAUACUGCUUGUUUGUAUCAAACUGACUCAGAUGUUAAAAUAUAUGCCUGUCAUCAUUCUUUCUGUAACUUUUUAGUUUCAAAUAACACAAAGUGAAUUUAACCAAGUUUUUAACUUUUCACUACACAUUUGAGGGUCUUUCAGUUAUACUUUCAUACGAAUUAUCAACUAAUAUGUGACAUGAUAUUUAUAAUCUUAUACUGUCUGUCAUAAUGUAUGAAAUAAAAAAAAUAAAACUGUAUACACAUCU